UGUCUUCCUCCUCCAUUUCACCAAAUGACAAUAACGCUUUAAAUUUAAGGCUCAAUCAUUGGCUUACAAACUUUAUUUGCCUUCUUGCUCAUUCCACAGCCAAAGAAAUUCGAAUAUAAUUUUAACAUCAUACCAUACAAGUUGUACCUUACACCACGUUCUUCCACACUUCCUUACAACAUAAAAGUUGGCGUGUUUUUUUUUUUUUUUUAAACGACGACAACAACAAAAUUUAAAUUGUACGAAUUGUGUCUAAAAUAAAUUUUCUCCUACUGUUUAUAAAUUAUUAGUCUAGCAUAUUAGUUUUAUGAUAAAUGUUUUGAAAAAUCUUAACCUCAACCUGUGUCUCUGAUAUGACAAAAACUAUAAAAGCCGCAAUAUGGAUGUGUUUUUGUUUUAUCGAAUGAAGUACCGUGAUCCAACUCAACUUGUGAAGUAGCUUUCUUCGGACAUUCCCAUGUCGUCUGAGCCGCUGAUUCAGCCGUCGGAAUCUCUGUCGGGAUCUCAGCACUCCCGGCGAUGCGGCGAAGCUGCGGCGUGGAUUUUCGAAGAGUUGCCGAAGGCCACCAUCGUCUCCGUUUCGAGACCGGAGACCGGAGAUAUUAGCCCAAUCCUUCUUUCUUAUACCAUUGAGUUGGAGUACAAACAGUUCAAGUGGCGUCUACUGAAGAAAGCAUCACAAGUUCUCUAUUUACAAUUCGCUUUGCGGAAACGUGCAAUAAUUGAAGAUUUUCAUGACAAACAUGAGCAGGUAAAAGAAUGGCUUCACAACUUAGGAAUAGUAGAUCAUACGGUAAUAGUUCAAGAUGAUGAAGAACCGGAUGAUGGAGCUGUGCCUUUACAUCAUGAAGACAGUGUUAAAAGCAGAUAUGUUCCAUCUGUUGCUGCUCUAUCAAUAAUUCGUCCAUCUCUAGGAGGGCAGCAGUCAAUUGCUGAUAGAGCCAAAGUCGCAAUGCAGGGUUAUUUGAAUCAUUUUUUAGGAAACCUGGAUAUUGUGAAUUCUCAAGAGGUGUGCAAGUUUUUGGAAGUCUCCAAGCUAUCCUUCUUACAGGAGUAUGGUCCAAAACUGAAAGAGGGAUAUGUAAUGGUGAAGCAUUUGUCAAAUGUUUCACAGGAUUCAGAUGUAUCAUGCUUCCCAUGCAAUUGGUUUCAUUGUUGGAAUAACAACUGGAAAAAGGUAUGGGCUGUCUUGAAACCUGGGUUUUUGGCCUUCCUGGAUGAUCCCUUCAACAACAAACCACUGGAUAUAAUUAUUUUUGAUAUCCUCCCUUCCUCAAAUGGAGGUAGCAAAAUACAUUUAGCUGAUAUUGUGAAAGAACGCAAUCCUUUGCGUUACACAUUCAAGGUUACUAGUGGAAAUAGGAGCAUAUUGUUGAGAACUACCAGCAGUGCUAGAGUAAAAUCUUGGGUUACUGCAAUUAAUGAAGCUAGUCUAAGACCUCUUGAGGGUUGGUGUUGUCCUCAUCGUUUUGGUUCCUUUGCUCCCAUAAGAGGUUUGACUGAAGAUGGGAGCCAAGCCCAAUGGUUUGUAGACGGACAGGCAGCAUUUGAAGCAAUUGCUACUUCAAUUCAAGAUGCAAAGUCGGAGAUCUUCAUUACAGGUUGGUGGCUGUGCCCAGAGCUAUAUCUGAGACGGCCUUUUCAUAGUUCUUCUACCUCCCGGUUAGAUUCGAUACUAGAAGAAAAGGCUAAGCAAGGGGUUCAGAUCUAUGUGCUUCUCUACAAGGAGGUUUCUCUCGCUUUGAAAAUCAACAGCUUGUACAGUAUGAGAAGACUGCUCAAAAUUCAUGAGAAUGUGAGGGUAUUGCGGUAUCCGGAUCAUUUUGCUGCUCGUGUGUAUUUAUGGUCGCACCAUGAAAAACUUGUAAUUAUUGAUUACAAGAUUUGCUACAUUGGAGGAUUAGAUUUAUGCUUUGGUCGAUAUGACACACCAGAACAUAAAGUGGGUGACUUCCCUUCUGUAACAUGGCCUGGAAAGGACUAUUACAAUCCAAGAGAAUCUGAGCCAAAUUCAUGGGAAGACACAAUGAGAGAUGAAUUGGAUCGCAAGAAAUAUCCCCGUAUGCCAUGGCAUGAUGUCCAUUGUGCUCUUUGGGGACCUCCCUGUCGUGACAUAGCUCGGCACUUUGUUCAACGUUGGAACCAUGCUAAGAGAACUAAAGCUCCAAAUGAACAUGCUAUUCCACUACUUAUGCCUCAUCAUCACAUGGUCAUCCCUCAUUACAUGGGAAGAAGCAAAGAGAUAGACAUUGAUCAAAAGAAAGAUGAAGACAAGAGGAAUGGAAUUGAGAGGCAGGAUUCAUUUUCCUCAGAGUCUCCGAUGCAAGAUAUACCACUACUUUUGCCUCAAGAAGCUGAUGGACUAGGUACUUCAAAUGGAGAUCAUACAAAUUUAAGUGAAAAUUCUCCUUUGUUGUCACAAAAGCCGGAGCAUGUAACUUUAGUUUCAGACACCCAGAUGAAAGGGUUUCAAGAUGAAGUUGUUCCUUUAAACUUGGGGCCACAAUCUGUUGUCGAUGCUCUUGAUGAUUGGUGGGAAACACCAGAAGGCACCAAUGAUGACACAACUUUGGAAUAUGGACAAGUCGGUCAACGUAGUACAUGUCAUUGUCAGGUAAUCAGAAGUGUAAGCCAGUGGUCUGCUGGAACAAGUCAGCCUGAAGAAAGCAUUCAAACUGCAUAUUGUUCUCUUAUUGAAAAAGCAAAGCAUUUUAUCUACAUAGAGAACCAAUUUUUCAUAUCAGGUCUAGCAGGGGAUGACAUAAUACAGAACCGUAUUUUGGAAGCACUUUACAGGCGUAUUUUGCUAGCCCACAAAGAACAGAAAGAUUUUAGAGUCAUAGUUGUGAUGCCCCUCUUGCCUGGCUUCCAGGGUGGUCUGGAUGAUGGUGGUGCUGCUACUGUGAGAGCCUUAACACAUUGGCAGUAUAGAACGAUUUCUAGAGAAAAGCACUCCAUAUUACACAAUCUUGAAGCUAUACUUGGUCCUAAGGCACAUGAUUAUAUUUCUUUUUAUGGCCUAAGAUCUCAUGGUAGACUUUAUGAAAAUGGCCCUGUGGCCACAAGUCAGGUAUAUGUUCACAGUAAGUUGAUGAUAAUUGAUGACCGUGUAGCUUUUAUUGGAUCAUCUAAUAUAAAUGACCGUAGUUUGCUUGGACUGAGAGACUCUGAGAUCGGAGUGCUUAUAGAAGACAAAGAAUAUGUUGAAUCAUUGAUGAAUGGAAAGCCAUGGAAGGCUGGGAAAUUUUCCUAUAGCCUCCGCUGCUCCCUAUGGUCUGAGCAUCUUGGUCUUCGUACUGGAGAGAUCAGUAAAAUUAGUGAUCCGGUGGCCAAUACAACCUACAAGGACUUGUGGUCAGCAACUGCAAAGGAAAAUACUAGGAUAUACCACGAGGUCUUUGCUUGCAUUCCCAACGAUCAGAUACACUCAAGAGCUGCACUUAGGCAAAACAUGGCUCAGUGGAAAGAAAAACUUGGACAUACCACCAUAGAUUUGGGAAUAGCCCCUGAUAAGUUAGUCUAUCAUGAGAAUGGAGAAACCAAAACAAUAGACCCGACAGAUAUGUUGAAGUCUGUGAAGGGACAUCUUGUUUCCUUUCCUUUGGAGUUCAUGCGUGAGGAAGAUCUAAGACCAGCUGUUAUUGAGAGCGAGUUUUAUGUUGCUCCUCAAGUAUAUCAUUAAGUAUGCUAGUUUGGAGGCUCAAAGGGUGAGAUUUCAUGGAUUUUCAUGUCAAAAGAGGACUUUCCAAUAAUAAUAAUUAAAGGGAAAUGUGGAAGAUAGGCUUGGAGUGAAAGGAGUUGUCAAGAUUGAACACAAUGGAAAAGAAACUGAAGGGGAAAGAAUACACAAUAUGGUUAUGGUUUUUAAUUACUUAUGUUAUGACUAUUAACUACAGUUUACAAAGGGAAUGAUUAUGCAGAAUCUUCUUGUUAAAAAAGAAAAGUGCGGUGAGUAACUGUGAAAGUAUGUGGCAAUCGUUGCAAAUAACGCGGUUCAGAAUUGAACAGCAGUACUUUAUCUCACCAGAAGAAUUGAUAUGGCAAUAUGCCAUGCAAGUCUCAUAUGUUGUACAGCACUAGUUCAUUCAUUGUAAAGGAAAUUGUAUAUAUAUAUUCUUCUUCGAUUGA